AUGUUCUUGAGAAAAUCUUCUGCUGAUAGAGCAAAGAGAAAAGUUUCAUUGGAUCCAUACAAGCCUAACUACUUGAAAAUGACACAGUGAUGUUCAAGCAAACAGUUCUCAGAUUCUGAGACCUACAGUGAAAUUUUUAACGACUCCUUCGAUAUUCCGCUUGAGAAGAUUCGCUCCCUGAGCUACAAGAAGACAAAGCGUUCUGAAAGUAGACGAGAUCGGAGCUUAGACAGAAACUUUGAGGAUUUCAUCAGAAAUGAUCAUGUCUCCGCACUCAAAGCUCUUGAUUUUACUAUUAACCUGAAGGAUGGCCCUAGCUUGCAGGUUCAGUGCCAGAGUCAACUCAGUCGGAGAGAGCAGCCAAAACAUAACUUGAUGGAUAAGUCUAAGCCUAUUCAGAAAUACUGUGCUAGGAAAGAAGCGCCAGCCCCAGUGUUUACCAAAAUUAGUGCUCAGAAGAAACUUCAGUGUCUCAAACGAAGGAUCCUUGCGCUGAAUAAAGGAGUUUUAGUCAGUAAGAAUUCUAAAAAGAGAAGUGGAGGCUUUCACAAUACAAGCAAAUCAAGGUUGAAAUUGCCCCAGAUUAACAGAAAAGUGCUGGAUCUGAAAGCCAGAAGGCCUAGGAGUAAUCUACUUCUGCCUCCAUCAGUGUCUUCUCACUCGUUCAUCAGUGGGAAGUUAUUUAAUUAAUCGAUUUCAAUUAGCCAGGU